AUGAUCAUAAUCUCGCAACCGGACGUUCUCGAACUUUCGUCACCAUUCCACGUGCACGCCGAACAAAAAGCCGUCAAAUGCGUGAAGAAAAAGACGAUCGAGUUCCAGACGGACAUUUUCAUCGCUCCGAAACCCAAAUCAUACGCUGAACUCAAGAAAACGUUGUCAAAGGACACUGCAAAAGUUACAUCAAGAUCGAGAUCGAUGAAUAUGAAUGAUAAUUCGAAGGUAGAUCAAGAGGGAGUUUGUAAGAUCUACUUGUCGCCGAAAGGAAUAUAUAUUCAAAUGGUUCAAAUAUUCCACGAUUUCAAAGCGGUACCGUAUGACGAGGGAGAUCCAGAUGCGGAAUCAGAGAAGCCCAGGGAGAAUACUUAUCCGAAUAUGUUGAAGAUAAAGUUAGCCGGUGAUGGGAAGAAAUCGGUGGAGGGAGAUCUUCGUCUGGUGUUUUCGGAGGUGGCGAUUAUGAAGAAGGAGUGUUGUAAUUGUGGGGUUACGGUGAAUAUUGGGUUGAAGGAUGUGACUAAUAUUGGAACCGCCUCUAUCAAUACGAAAAAAGAGGUCACUGACCCAUCCAAAUCUAUCAAAUUCAUCCAGAAUGUACAGUUUGAUGAGAAGAAAAUGAGCCUGAUGAUAAGCCACGCAGCGAUCGCUGAUGUGAGUGAGAAGACGAAUUCGGAGACGGGAACGAUUGAGUUGAAGGAGAAGAUUGAGAGCUCUAUUAAGUAUUGA